UACUAAACUAACGGCUAGUCCGCAAACAGCUGCUGCCCGUGGCGGCUGGAUUUCCGAACCGAGCGUGUUGCGUUUCCGAACGUAAAUAAAAACAAAAACUAAACGUCAUUUUUUGUUUUUGAAUUUGAAGUUUAUAAACUUGAGAUUGGCGCGAUGAAAAAGAAAUAAGAAUUGAUUAAGAACAAUUUUGAAAAAGUUUAGUGCAAGUGUAUCUCGUAAAUUAAAGGGACUGAAAUACCUUCCUACGUACCUGUCCGUUUAACGGUGACGUUAAAUUGUUUACUGGCUAUCGCCAAAUUGCGUACGAAAUCUGUGCCGUGUUGAACGAUGUAUUGGUUGUUUGAUAGCAAUUUUAACUUUAGUCCUUUGGAGCGAUAAGGCACAGUUUGCCUAAAACCGAUGUGUUUCAUAUUGUACAACACCGAACAGUGUCUGUGACCUUACUACAAGAGCUCUUUCGGAUUAAUUGAUGAGUGGGCAUGACCUUCUAAAUGAAGGAGUCAUAUCCAGAUGACAUUAUGUUGUGUUUCGUGCAAGGAUUCGGGAAUAAUGGGGAUAACCGCGGGUUCAAGACGUUAGAGUGCGCGGAGAGUGAAGUGACUGAGACAAAUAACAAUGUAAAUGUGAAAGCUAAAAAGAAAUCUCAGAAUAAGAGAGUGUCCUUGGAGGUAGAAACUAUCCCUGAUGACGCUGAGUUGGUGGAGCUGAGACCGAGGAGGGCCACCACCGCGCUGGUCACUGGAAAGUCCUUGAGGUUAUCUUCUGGUGAUAAAUUCUUGAAGAAGCUGCCAGAAGUGAAACGAAGCUUCAGUGAUCGGUUUUCGGUUAUCAAUCAUGAAGUCAAUGGAAAAAGGCCUAAGAGUCUUUUGACCAUAAGAAAAACAUGGUCGACAGGCAAUUUCGCGGCGGGCGCGGCGGGCGGCGGCUGCGGGGCUCCCCGCUCUGCCCCCGCCACGCCCCUCCAGCUGGAGCCACAUCCUCGGCACAUGAAGCAUGACAAACAAGCGGUGAAGCCACUGUCCACAUCCGUGCCGUCGGUCCGCGCCCCCGGCCAGGGCGGCGCGCUCAGCGAUGCCAGCGAGGGCAAGCAGCCGAGCAAGGCGAGACAGAACAAGUUCCUCAGACACUUCCCGCAGGUCGGCCCUGAUGAGAAGGUGCUUAACUAUUACUCGUGCGCGCUGGUGGGCGACAUCCUGCUGCAGGGGCACCUCUACAUCACCAGGAACUACUUCGCCUUCUACUCGAACGUCUUCGGAUAUGUCACCAAGCUACUAAUCCCCACUUCAACCGUCCUCCGGGUGACAAAGGAGAAGAUGGCGCGCAUAAUCCCCAACGCGGUAGGCGUGUGCACGGUGGACUCGAGGCACGUGUUCGGCUCGCUGCUGUCGCGGGACUCCACGUACAAGCUCAUGACCUCCGUGUGGAAGGCGGCCCGGUCCAGCCUCAGCCCGCCUGAUCGCACGCAAUUACGUUGCGAGACGGAGCCGGACGCUUCAGAGCUGUCGGUAGAAGACGAGACGAGCUCGGCCGGCGGCGGCGACGUCACCGACGCGCGCCACGACCAACCACCCCCCACACCUCUCAACAAGCCGCACUCAUCCCACACAACCCCGGCGGCGGUCAUCCAGCCAGCUCUACUCACGGGAACCCCUUCGCUAGUGCAGCCAAACAACGACGGGCUCACCAGAUACCUGCUAAUAGCCGUGGCGUUCUUGCUAGCGGUGUCCGCACUGUUUCUAGCGGUCAAGCUGUACUUUGGAGCGCCGAAGGAUGAAUUUGAGGACGAGUUAUCCAAGCUGUCCGGCUCAGAGCUGUACUCGGAGCUGGUGCGGUGGCGCGCGCGACUGCACGGGCGCGCCGCCACAGAGCUGCAGGCCUUCCUCACCACCAACCUGCUGCUGCUCACUAAGGUGCGGCAGUCCCUAGAAGCGCUCUCCGGCGUGAUCCUCACAGACAUGGCGCAAGGGAACAACAUGAACCUAGAGAUACCCCCAAACGAGACCGCGUUCAGUUAGCGAAAUGUCUCCGGUGAACCGUGUGGACUAUGAACCCGUGAGUUUGCUAUUCGUCGGUUAAACACAGAAUACAAAACCAUAGAGUUUCGUUACGCUUUUAAACAAUAUCAAUGAUUGCGACAGCGACAGAUCAGAUAGCUUUUUGUUAUAACUAUUUAUUUAUCUGAUUGGAUACUGACAUUAUUUUGUUAGAAGUUUUGUGUUCUGGUACUAAAGAUUCGGUGGUUUUGUGUUUUAAAAGCGUAGCAAAACAAGCAAUGGUGUGAUAUAAGGUAUUUAUUUUCGCAUUUAUCUAUUCGGUCUUUGGGUGUGUAAUGAAAUGUUUUUUCAGUAGAAGACAAUACUUAAUGUAUACUACAUUAUACAUUACAUGUUUUGUGUGGCUGGGCAAAAUGGAGUGACCAAAACCUUACUUAAAACCAUUGAGAUAUUAUUGUUUUUAAUUUAUUUAGUGUUAAGUUUAAUGAUGUUACUUUUUAUUUUCAGUUAUGAAUUCCAUGUUAUUUAUACAUCAUUGUUAAAUCUGUUACGUUAUAAUUUGAUUGAACAAAUUACAGUUAAGAUAAAUCGAAGGCUAAAUCAUGAGACCACGUUUGAAGGUUGUAACUGCUAUUUGUUGAUUAAAACCUACAUUGAAACAAAUCAUAGGAAUGGGUAAUUUAUAUUGUGUUAAACACAGUGCAUUACAAUUUUUUCAACAUUUUUAGUUAUUCGUGUUAACGUAAACGACAUAGAAUAACAUGAAAUAAAUUGAUGUAUAUUUCAUUGACAGUCACGUCUUUAUAAUUUCUGGUGUGUUUAUACUUCUGAAAUACGGAAUCUGACAAUGCAACUCCUAUCAUGGUCAGAUUUUCAAACACUACUAUAGUCAGUUAAAUGAUUAGAUAUGGGUUAGUUAGGGUGGUGCUAGUAAAGUAAGCAUGGUUGUACAUUAAGGUACGGUCAAACUAACAACAUUCCUUUUAUGUAAUUGAAGUUAAUACCGUUUAAUGUUUUGCCUAAAAAAUGUGGACUCAGCUGGACAGCUAAAGAAAAAAUACAUCAUUUAUCAGUAGUAUCUUCUUAGAUUGUCAGUGACAAACACCAGAUCCGGUAACCGUGGUAAAAUGGCGUAUACAGGCUGUUGCAAAAGCGGUAUAGUAAGCUAAAAGGGGUGACUCUGCUCCCUUUUUAAAACAUCCUGUGUAAGGUACAGUUGCUUCGUCUCUCAGGGACGCUUAUAACAAUAAAAAGUAGAUACUGUGUUUUUAAUAUACCUAUACUUGUUUCUUGCCAUUAUCUUAAACUUUUAUAACGCAUUUUCAUAACGUACCUACCUACAUUUGUAUCAAAUCCAAUUUUUUGUAAUGCAUGUUUAAAUAUGUAUUCUAAUUUUCGAAAAAAUACUAUUAGUCAUAUUGAAUCCGGAAAAUCUUUUUUGUGCUAUUUGCUUUAAGUUUUAAGCAUACCUAAAUGAAGUUUAGAAAUUAAUAUUAAGGUUGGUUAAUCUAGUCUAAAAGCUCAAUGCGGAUAAAUAUUUAUAAUGUACUUAUAAUGUCGUUGUAAGAAAAAAACAAUCAUUGUAGGUUGAAAAUAUUUUUUAAAUUUAUGAAUUUGGUAUGUCUAUUAUUUUUUUAUCAAGUUGUACCUAGAUGCAGGAUAUUUUAAUUUCAUGGAAUUGAUUCAUUUCUAUGCAUAUACGGGUUCCAAUUUACGUUUACUGUUUUCUGUUUACAAUUCAGAUUUUAUUAGUUAUGCGUUUAAGCGUAAAUGAAAUAAUUAACAAUCAGCAGGCAUGUGUUUAGUUUCGCUAGGUUACCACUUUGUGCCAAAGUACUACCUUGCACAUAUGAAAUUGCAACGUUUUUAUCAUAAGCAUUUUUACCAAAUCUUUUAGUAGGUUGGUUGGUUGCUAGGUUGCAAUUUGUUAAUUUGAUUGAUGACCGCAUUGUCGUUUACCUAUUUCAUGUGAUUAUGCUAUGGUUAUUUUGUAUAUCGGAUAUAGAUUUACCUUGCGUAUCAUAUUAUAUUGUU